AAUUUCUUGGCCACACUUGGAAAAUAUAAUUAAUAGAGUUGGCAGCCGGCCAUAAAUUGUCAACAAUCUUCGAUGGUUUUAUGACCCAUGUCCCGUAAUUGUCCAUCCCUUUUAGCUCAGGUAGAUUUUCGCAAGAAAAUCCUGUUGAAGAGACUUCUUCGAACUUCCCCAAAAUCCGCCGUAACUGCCACACACUUUCCCUCUACCUAUGUACCCUUCGCGUUGUUCUUUCGCUCGCUUCGCCGCGAUUCUCGUCAGUACCGCUCCGUCGCGCCUCGUCUCCGCUUUCGAAACCGCCCCGACCAGCAUUCGGUCCGUCCGCGACCCCCGUCGUCGCCGCGGCGCGCCGCCACUGCUCCCCGUCGCAAGAAACCUCCGUCCAGUUGCCUGAUGUUGAGUUGCCAUAUUGAAUUUGACGUUAGCUUAAGAAAAGUCAAACCCGGCCAUGUCCGAGCACCUCGACGACGAGGACAAGGACCAGGACCCGGAGGACCUCCCCGAGUGCAAAGUGAAGCGCAACUACUCGUGCAGCUCGUGCGACUUCUUCACGCAGAACCCGCGCCACUACCUCUACCACCUGCGGGAUGUGCACGAGGAGCGCGUGAGGAUCUACGAGUGCCCUAACUGCCUGUACGCCUCCAAGCACUUCCAGAAGCUGCUGCGACACGCCAAGAUGGUGCACGACGCCGCCGCCCCGGCGCCGCCGCCGGCGCCCGCCGCGCCCUCCGACGACGACGACGAGUUCAGGUGCUCGCUGUGCAGCUUCUCGAGCAGGUCGAGGCAGAUGCUGGAGCGGCACGAGCGGCAGGAGCACAUCAAGACCAAGUUCUUCAGGUGCAGCAAGUGCACGUACGCCACGCACAUGAAGGCUCGGUUCACCAAGCACGUCAAGUACCACUCGAUGCCGAUGAUCAAAUGCGACAUGUGCGACUUCCGGACGCCGUACAAGUGGAACCUGGACAGGCACUGCAAGAACCACAACGGCCGCGGCGCCUUCAGGUGUUCGGCGUGCAACUUCACGGCGGACAUCAAGCAGAGUCUCACCGUGCACGAGAUGAACCACCACGUGCCGCCGGUGGGACAGGCGGCCGGCCUGGGAGUGGGGCGGCGGCGCAACAAGGUGGGCGCCAGCGACGCCGCCGCCGCCGAAGACGCCGCACAGGUAGCACAAGCGCCGCCGCCGCCACACGAGCCCGAAAUAGCCCCCCAGCCGCCGAAGAAGGCGAAGCCGUCGCACAGCCCCGAGCAGGGCUCCUUCGGGCCGGACUUCAUCAACCCGGAUGACAUCAUCCACCACGCCAAUGGCAACGUCUACAUCAAGAACAAGUGCAAGCUGUGCAACUUCAAGUCGGCGUGGGCCACCGAAAUGACCCGCCACGAGCAGAAGGUCCACAACAUCGUCCGGGAGACCUCCCCGAAGCCGAAGAAGCCCACCAGGCCCAUACCCAACCUGAUCCCGAUACCGGCGCAGACCUCCGUGCUCAAGCUGCCGCGCAAGGAGCCGGAGAUGAGCCAGCAGGACAUGAACGCGAUCUGCGCCAGGUCGACGAACAGCGCGCUCAAGGACUUCGCCAAGCUGUUCAACAGCGAGGAGGUGUUCGACAACGUCGACGAGGACAACAAGAUGCCGGACCUCCUCCCGGCGAAGGCCAACAAAGACGACUUCAAGGAGAAGAACGCGUCGUUCUUCGACAAGCUGAAGGAGAAGCUGAUCACGGGGGCGGCGAGCACGCUGACGUGCCAGGUGUGCGGACACAAGAGCAAGUGCCUGUCGGAGCAGGUCAAGCACCAGCAGAAGUGCGGCAAAGAGAGCAGCAACCCCCACACGUUCGCGUCGACUUUCAUCAGCUCGUCGCGCUGUCAGUACUGCCGCCAGCGGUGCAAAUCCAGCACGGGGUUGUACCACCACCUGCAGACCUGUCCCGAGGCGAUCAAGGCCGCGGAAGCCACACCCCCGGAGUCGGAGAGCGAGCUCAAGAUCGACGAGAGUCAAUCCGAAGACGGCGAGAACAACAACAACGUGAAUAAGCCGCACCCGAUGGAGAAUCGGGUGUUCGUGUGGAACAACAUCGAGGUCCCGAUGGACUUGGAAGUCGACGACUCCAAAUACGAGUACCGGGAGGACAAGAUCGACGACAACGUGUCGUUGGACUUGUCGCUGCGGACCCAUUCGCCGAUCAGCGAGCGCAGCGAGAACAGCUACGUCGGUCAGGACUUCACCACGACCCAUUUGUCUCCGGUCGCGGAUAAAAUCCCGACCCACGGCAACGACAUCUCGGUGGCGCAGCACAAGAGGGUGUUCAAGUGUCCGCAUUGCACGUUCUGGGCGUCGACCGCAUCGCGGUUCCACGUCCACAUCGUGGGCCACCUCAACAAGAAACCCUUCGAGUGCUCCUUGUGCUCGUACCGGUCGAACUGGCGCUGGGACAUCACCAAACAUAUCAAACUGAAGUCGGUGCGAGAUCCGGCCCACGAGAGCGCCAAAGUGCUGAUGACGGACGAGACGGGACGACGGAACUACACCAAAUACAACAAGUACCUGACGGAGAUCCACGUGAGCGGCAACCAGAGCCUGGACACGAGCGGCGGCUCGGGGACCAGACCCAAGCACCACGACAGGAACUCGUCGCCGAGCCAGAGCAAGAGCGACCUGCCGAAGCUGACGAAGGCGCCGUCGACGAGCGACUUCAGCCCGCUGCUGAGACCGCCGCCCCCGCUCAAGGCGGCGGACGGGAGCUUCUUCAAGGUGGACAAGAACAGGCGCUCCAACGCCGACAGCAAGAGGACGCUGUUCAAGUGCAAGAAGUGCAACUUCAGGGACGCCUCCCGCGACAUCCUCUUGGCGCACGUGAAAGGCCACUACCCCCACGAACUCCAGGUGGGCCCGUCGACCCCGAGCCCGGCGCCCGAGACGACAAUUCGAGGUGCCAGCCCUGAUAAAGACGAGGCAAGUGUUAGCACGUCAGCGAAAGGGAGCCAAGCGCCCUUCCGCUGCGGUCACUGCAACCAGGUAUCAAAUUGGAAGCAUGUCAUUCAGCGCCACUGCCGCCUCAAGCACAGCGGCGACAUCCGCGUCGUCAGCAACAAGAACGGCCAGGAGAAGCUCGAGAUCGAGGAGCAGACCGACGAGCCGGACCACGUGGACGUGCCGCAGGAUGGCGCUUUCAAGUGUCCGUCGUGUCCGUUCUCGAGCGACGACCAGUCGGACUUGGAUGGUCACCUACCGGGACACAACGCGGCCGCCGACAGCGUCCUCAAGUGUCAAUUUUGCAACUUCUUCGUCAACAAGAAGGAGAACUUGUACGAGCAUUUGCGGCUGCACGGGAUCGCCGACCCGGAGGACUUCCUCGCCAAGCUGUACAGUCCCGACGGGGACUUCGGGAAGAGGUUCAAGUGCGCGGUGUGUCCCUACGUGACCAAUUCCAAGUCGCAAUACACGUAUCACAAGCAGUUCCAUAAGCCGAGGGGGGGACAGUAUACUUGUACCCAGUGCAGCUACAACGUGAGUAAGAGACAUCUUCUGCACCAGCACUUGAAGGUGCACGGGAUCAGUGUGGGGUCGCAGAAGCACAACGGGGACGUGAUCGACGUGGACGAUAUGUCGGACGAGAUCGAAGAGGUGCAAGGGUUCGAGGGACAGGCAUUCCCGGAUAUCCCGUUGGUGUGGGUGAGCAAGAACGGGAAGUUCGCUAAGAUGUUCAAGUGUCGGUUUUGUCCGCACGUGAACUUGAGGAAGGUGAAUAUACAGGAGCACGAGAAGAUGCAUAGCGUGAGGGAGAAGAAUCCGAACUCGAGUCGGGGCAGCGACGUGGAGCACCGGUGCAGCGAGUGCAACUACGUUUGCAACAAUGCGGGUGUGCUGUCGUCGCACUCUAAAGUACACCAGGGGUUGUACGGGACGGUGCACUGUCUCGUGGAUCAAGUGAAAACCGACGAAGAGCAGAUUCGCGAGUUGAGCAAGUUCUUGAACCCUCCGACUAUGGAGACGAUCAAUUUGGAUGACUACGAGAACGCGGAGGCUAGCGGUUUGGUGGAAAGCGAAGAGGGUGACGACGACGUGUCGUUGUACUUUUGUAUGGAGUGUCCGGCACGCUUCCUCAAAGAGAACGAAUACAAAAUCCACGUUAGGUUGCACGGAUUGAGGUCGUACUACAAGUGCGACCACUGUUCCUACUCGGCUAGACAGAAACCACAUCUGCUAGCCCACAAGAACGUGCACUCGCAGCAGUACCAAGAGCGUACUCAAGUGUUGCAGAGUAUGCACAAGAGCCACAACCACCAACCCGAGUUGUACAAUACCGCCAACUGCGACGGUGAGAUAAUUUGGGUGGUCUGUUCCGACCCCAAAUCCGACAUAGAAAUGGAAGAAAUAAGUGCCGUUAUCAGUAAACCGUCGAAGUCGAGCCUCAACGUCCCCCUCUCGGGUACCGAGCUCUUCCAGCAGAAGUCCGAAGCCGAGCAAAAGCAAGCCCAACUCCUCAAGGAGUCGUCGCCGAAGCCCUCGGACCCCCAAUUCGGCACCCUCAUGCACGGCAACCCGAACUUCGUCUACCCCACGUACUUGAAGAACGGCAAAAUGAAAGAAAAGCGCUACAAGUGUCACAAGUGCCCUAGCGCGUUCGAGAAACGCGAGCAAUACAAAGUGCACUUGAACCUGCACGGUUCCAAGCAGAAGUACAAUUGCGAGUACUGCGACUACUCGGUCAAGUACUACGCCAACUACGUGCAACACUUGAAGAAGCACAAGAUGAGUUCGGAGGCGUUGGCGGCGCGCGAUUGCGACGACGUCGAGAUGGAGGUGGAGGAGGAAGUUACCGAAGACGCGAUGAGCGAGAGGAAGCUGUCGCUGGGCGAUCAGCAAGCUUACAAUAUCCUGCAGCAACGGUUGUUAGUCAAUAGUGCUAGUCCGAAGGAGGAGGAGAAGAAGACGUUCACGUGCCCGAGUUGUCCGUACGUGAAUUACAGGAAGGACGCGGUGGACAACCACCAGAAGCGGCACGUCAGCGUGUCGGGGACUAAAAACAAUUACACGUGCGAGCACUGUGAUUAUUCGGUUCCGCAAGUGCACUUUCUGAGGGAUCAUACCAAGUUGCACUUCUUACCAAAAAGUGGCCAAGUGGAAGGGUACAUGGUGUGUGAUAAUUUCAAGCUGGUGUCGAAGAAGGUCGACGACGAGGAGAAGAGCGGGGAGGUGGUGUUCGAGGAGAACGGGGGGGAGGAGAAGGAGUUCCUGCCGCCGCUGAGUGAGGACGUUUCGGAAAAGUUCAAUAAUAACGACGGGGAGAAACAGUUCGUUAACGUAGAUACGGGGGAAGUAGCGGGGGGUAGUGACAAGAUGGAGAGUUAGUCAAAUUUCUAGUGAUAAUUAUCGUAUUGUGAGGACUAACGAGGUUUGCCUUAGUCUUUAAUAUAGAGAGUAUUUCUACAGAGUAUUUUCACAUAUUGCUAGUACAUUUUCAAGAUCGUAGUAUUAAUUUCAAUUUUCUUACCUUGAAUAGUCUUGUAUCUUGUAUUUAUUUUAUCUUAUUGAUGUUCUUCAUUAUCAUGGGUUUAUUAAUUAAUAACGCCAAAGCAUUUAAUGCCAAAUUUUGCCAUAAUUGUUGUAUUUGUAUUGUUUACAGAGAAUAUAUGAGUUCUAUUGCAUCCAAAA